AUGCACCGAAGCAAGCUUCUGUUUUUCUUGCUUUCGUUCAUCUUCUCCAAUUUCUCACACCUACUACCCCUGGUAUCAGCAGAGAACAUGAGCUUCGACUUCCCAUCUUUCACUCUCCGAAACCUCACUCUUCUUGGCGAUUCCUACCUUCGAAAUGGUGUCAUUGGACUCACAAGAGAUCUGGGAGUCCCAUCUUCAACCUCUGGCAGCGUAAUCUACAACUACCCAAUUCCCUUUUUUGAUCAAGAAUUGAAUAUUACUGCUUCUUUCUCUACAACAUUCUCUUUCUCCAUCAACAACAUCAAUCCCACAUCGUUUGGGGACGGGUUAGCCUUCUUUCUCUCUCCUGAUCAGAGCUUGGGGAGUCCAGGAGGUUACCUUGGUCUCGUUAAUUCAUCCCAAUUGACCAAGAACAAGUUUGUGGCAGUUGAAUUUGAUACAAAACUCGAUUUGGAUUUCGAUGACCCGAACGAGAACCACGUUGGUUUGGACAUUGGCAGCCUUGUCUCGAUGAAGACUGCUGAUCCAAUGUUGCAGGGAGGUAUUAGUCUCAAGAGUGGCAAUUUGAUCACUGCUUGGAUUGAUUACAAGAAUGAGGAAGCCAAAUUGGAAGUUUUCUUGAGUUACUCAAGUUUCAAGCCUGAAGAUCCACUGUUAAUGGUUGAUAUUGAUCUCUCUCAUCAUCUCAAGCAGUUCAUGUUUGUGGGUUUUUCAGCAUCAACAGAGGGAAGCACUGAGCUACACUUGAUUGAGAAUUGGAGGUUUCAAACUUUCGGGUUCCGCCCCGUGAGGCCAAGCAUUCAUCCUCAUAAUGAGUCUGAUACUGUGGAUUUAAAGCCUCCUAUUCCAGUAUCUGAUAAUACAAAUAAGCAUCACAAGAGGGUUGGCUUAGGUUUUGGGAUUGGCGGUCCAGCCUUCUUUUGUGUUGUUCUUGUGGUUUUUGGUUGGAUUUCUGUGAAGAAGUGGAUGGGUGUUAGAACAGAGAAGAGCCUAAAAGCAGAGCUUGUGACAGGCCCAAGAGCUUUCAGCUACAAAGAGCUCAAGUCAGCCACAAAAGGGUUUCAUUCCAGCAGGAUUAUAGGCGACGGAGCAUUUGGGACAGUUUACAAAGCCUUUUUCAUAGAAUCAGGAACUGUUUCUGCAGUGAAAAGAUCCAAGCAUUCUCAUGAAGGUAAAACUGAAUUCUUAUCUGAAUUGUCCAUUAUUGCUCGUUUGAGGCACAAAAAUUUAGUUCAGCUCCAAGGUUGGUGUGUUGAGAAGGGUGAAUUGCUACUUGUGUAUGAGUUUAUGUCCAAUGGGAGUCUUGAUAAGAUACUAUACCAAGAAUCUGAAUUGGGUAACCCAUUGAAAUGGCCAUACAGAUACAACAUUGCAAUUGGGUUGGCCUCUGUUCUGACUUACCUCCAUCAAGAAUGUGAACAGCAAGUAAUCCACAGAGACAUAAAGACCAGUAACAUUAUGCUUGAUCCAAACUUUAAUCCAAGGCUCGGAGAUUUUGGAUUGGCAAGGCUCAUGGAUCAUGACAAGUCUCCAGUGUCCACUCUAACAGCCGGAACAAUGGGUUAUCUUGCUCCUGAGUAUCUUCAGUAUGGCAAAGCAACCGACAAAACGGAUGUUUUUAGUUAUGGUGUGGUUGUACUUGAAGUGACUUGUGGGAGAAGGCCAAUUGAGAGAGAAACAGUAGGUCAGAGAAUGGUGAAUUUGGUUGAUUGGGUUUGGGGAUUGUAUGGUCAAGGAAGGAUUGUUGAAGCAGCAGAUAAAAGGUUGAAUAGUGAUUUUAAAGAGGAAGAGAUGAGGAAGCUGUUGCUUGUGGGUUUGAGCUGUGUUCACCCAGAUAGCACAGAGAGGCCUACAAUGAGCAGAGUGUUGCAGAUUCUUAAUAACGAGGCUGAGACUAUUAGAGUACCAAAGUUGAAACCUACCCUCAGUUUCUCUAGUGGUUUUUUGCCUUUGAGCAUUGAAGAUAUUGUUUCAGAUGGCGAUGAAUUUGAGACUCCUGAGCCAUUGUCUAUGAUCAAAGUUGGUUGAGGUCUCCUUUUUAUGUUUCUCCUGUGUUGAGCAAGUUAAUUUGUGAAUUAUUUUAUUUUGUUGAUUAGUUGCUUCAGUCGCAGUCUAUGGAAAACGGACAUUUCAUUCAGGUCAAAGUAUCUAUACUUGUUACGUAUUGAAUGUAAGACACCAUGACUCACCCGGCAGUACAAAUUUCUUCGCUUUCCUAUUCUCGAUUUAAUUGUAAGGGAAAAAAAGAAACAGAAGAUUGUAGACAAGGG